AUGCAACUUGGGCUCUUUCGAUUGCGACAGGCGUUGCGAGAACAUGGAGCUGAUGAAAAUGAUUUUAACAACGCCGAAACGUUAGGGAUUCUUGUGUAUAAAAACAAUUUUUAUUUUUACUCGAUGCACUAUUCUGAGGGUUUAUAUCUGACAGACAAAUUUGAUGAAUUUGCGAUACCCACUAGCGCCAGUCAAUUGCGCGAAUUGUCAGAAAUUAUAAGAUCAAUGUUUUAUUUUAAACAUCGUGUUGUAAAUCUUCACCGCAACAUGCAAAAUUUGCUCAAAGGGAAACGGGAAUUCAGACAGAAAUCUCGCCAUUGUA